AAACAUGACUCAAAAACACGAUUACAUUGAAUUGAAAGUCAACUAUCCGUUUGUCCGGCUGUUGGAUGAGUUCAAGUGCCGUACGAUUCUGGAUAACCGGACCUACGAGACAUCAUAUAAGAUAACUGUACGACAAAUACCUGGCCAUCCGGUCAUACUGAGCCAUAGUCUAGGGUUUGCUGGUGUAUCCAAGGCAUACCUGACCCUACAGAUAGAUCAGCCAACUGUCGACCCACCAGUCGAUAAAUAUCGUAUAGCCUAUAGAGGUAUAUUCAACUACUAUCAGCAGGAAUAUUGGGCCGAUUUUAAUGCCAUUAAUAGCAAUGAAAGCGACCGAAACACCAUUUAUGUAGUGAAACUGGAUGUCGAUUAUACCCAACAGGAUCUGAUUGCCUUCAAAGUCUAUGCCCAUAACCCGGUCGGAUGGUCUAACCCAACAUUCAAUUGAUUAGGAGUGGGGAGGGAGGGGGCACCUGUAUGUAGUAAAAAUAUGCCUAACCCACAUUUAUAAUAUAUC